AUAAAACCAUGAAUCAAGAGAAACUGGCCAAACUUCAGGCCCAGGUCCGGAUAGGUGGAAAGGUAACCACUAUCAUCUCUUUUUGUUAUGAUACAGCCACGACUACAUUGUAGUUCCCUUCCAUCUCUGCUAAUGUAAUGGCCAGGGUUGAAGGCAGCAGUUGGUAGCAUAACUGCCUGCCUGUUUGGUUGAAGGGAGUUAAGAUUUAUGAAAUCAACUGGCAGUCCUGUUAGCCUGAGGUCAGAACUUCUUCUAUUAUGGACAGAUGCUUUGUCCUAUUCAGCCUGGAGCCUGUGUGGCCUGGCUAUGGGGAGAGAACUGCCGAUAUAUUGGCCUUUUCUAAUUUAUCGGCCCCUUCUCUAUUGGCUUUGUGGAUAGUCCCUACACAUAGCAAAACUACUGCUAUGCUAGCUGAGAAAGUUAUCAGCAGCAGCAGCAAGCUAGCUCAUUCUCCAACAGAAAGGUACAGUAUUGCGAAAUGGAUGAAUUGGACCAAAAUCGAACUCCUGUUGCAAAUAUUAAUUUAGUUAAUUCACUAAUAAGGCUUGUGUCGACGUGCCCGCACAUGCAUGCAAUAAGCACGUUAGCUAGCUAUGUGACCUGUUAGCAAAGAUUACAAUAUCUAACUCUUUCAUCUGUGGCGUUAGCGACCUAGCUAUAUUAGCUACUAUGCUAGCUAGAUGGCUAGAUAAACAUGGUGCUAAGAUAUCAGAUCGGAGCUAAUAGCCAACGUAGCUAGCUAACAUCAGCUGGUUAUAAUUUUGAACAUGCACCAUUUUCGGUAAUGAGCCAUCUGACUUGCGGUGUAACUUCAGCUAUUUACUGGUGUGCUGAUCUGACCAGACUCAAUCAUAUCCGUAAAUUGACAGUUGAUAGUCGGAUUAGAUGGUUGUCGUAAUAGGGAAAAGAGGGAAGUGUUUUAAAAUGUGUAAAUAAAAGUUGCCAAUAGGUUUAGCAACCGAACAAUCUUCCUUCAUGUUUAUGGACCAAGAAAGCUUCUCAAACUAUGGGCAGAUUUGAGUCAGAACGUGCAUCGUCAUUUCAUCUUCUUUUUCCCAACCCUCUGCAGCCUUGUUAGAUAUUAUGUACAUUAAUGGCUUGCUGGCAAAUGUCAUCGCCAUUGAACUAGUUAUCAUAGCAGCAAUAAACAGUAGCAAGUGAUAUAAGCCAUGAAGAGAGAGAUGUGAAAAGAGUGUGCACAGCUGUCAUCAAGGCAAAGGGUGGCUAUUUGAAGAAUCUCAAAUAUAUAUAUAUAUAUAUAAAAUAUAUUUUGAUUUGUUUAACACUUUUUUUUGGUUACGUGAUUCCAUGUGUGUUAUUUCAUGGUUUUGAUGUCUUCACUAUUAUUCUGCAAUGUAGAAAAUAGUAAAAAUAAAGAAAAAUCCUAGAAUGAGUAGGUGUUCUAACAUUUUUGACCGGUAAUAAAUAUAUAUUUUCCUUUUUAUUACUUUCUAACCCUACCACCCCUCCCCUAAUUGGAGUAAACUAAUGAAAAACAACACUUAGGCUUCUACUUCCAGCUUAUACAUACUAUAUACAUUUUACGGACACAGUCUAUUUUACAAUAGUUAUAUUUUAUUUGUUUUUAGUCCUUCCUCAACCUCCGUCUUUCUGAUGUCCAUCCAGUUUAAUUUCUAUUUGACAUAUAUUUUUAACUGUUUCACAAAAGUUCUGAACCUAUAUACAUUUUACGGACACAGUAUUUUACAUGAGUUUUCUUAUUAUUAGUCCCACCCUUCAGCUCCAUCCAACCCCUCCCAUCUAUCUCUUAACACCAUCCAUAUUUGAUUUCUAUUUGCCAUGUAUAACUGCGCUGUGAUGUUUCACAAGUUCUGAACCUUUCUAUUCUCAUAGUUUCUACAGAUUGUAAAUUUUAAAGAAACAUUUUUUGCUAAAAGUAUUAUAUUAUUGAUCGAUUUGACUGACUUUUCAAAUCAACCAGCAGUGCUAUUUGCAGAGUUAGCUCCAGGUAAAUGUUUGUAUUAUGUCCCACUGGAAUAAUACAACCACGUGUUGACCUUACCUGUUGUUGUUCUCAGGGAACAGCUCGUAGGAAGAAGAAGGUGGUUCACAGAACAGCGACGGCUGACGACAAAAAACUCCAGAGUUCCUUGAAGAAACUGGCAGUGAACAACAUCGCUGGUAUUGAGGAGGCA